AUGGAUCAAAUGAUUUCUGGCUGGAAGGGCGUCGUUGAAGUUGCUCCGAACCUGUGGGAAGACGAGAUCACCGUCAAGGAGGAGAUAAUUGAAGGUACGUUCAGAAAUUUUUUCGAUGAAGUUGAAAAUUGAAGUUAUUUUAAAAUAAUGGCAAGAUGGUAUCGAUACAAUGAGUCUAAACUAAAGAGUUUAACUCGAUAUAAUGAGGGGUGGAGUCUAAACUUCAAAAAAUCAUUUCUUCUUUCAUGGCUUCAACAAAGUAUUCGAGUUUAUUGAUUCUCAUACAAAUCGAAUAAAACAGUCCAAAGAAUGCAAGAAAAGGCGACAAACUCUUUCCGCACUUCCAUCAAUUUGUGACCACGCUUUUCUUCCUCCGCAUAAACCAAAACUGUUUUUCUUCCGACUUUCACAGCCUUUUGUCUACUUUGCAUCCCCUUCUCGCUUUUUGAGGGAACAACACAUUUCGUCGUGCUUAUUUUGGUGGGAAACUUUUUCGGAAACAAAAGAAACAGGUUGAACUUUUGAGCUCACAAAAUUUUAAUUAUUGGUUGAAAAUUUGUAAGGCGAAAGUGUUAUAAAGAAGGCAGAAAAUUUUUGACAUUUUCCGAAAACUGGAACCUUCGGCGAAAUUUCAAAUAAUUUCAAAUAUUUAAAACCAGCUACUAUCGUUUUGAACAAGCCCUUCUAAAAAUUCUCUUGGAGAAUACUUUUUUUCAAUUCCUCUCACAACUGUAGAUUAUAUGAAUGAUUUCCGCAAAACUUGGAUUUUUCAGAUCCCGAUCCUGCUGUUCAAGCUUGCCGGGACCAGAGCGAGUUUUAUCGUCUGGAAAAGGUUAUUUUUUCUACUUGAAAUAUUUAUAAUAUAUUUAGCACGAAACUAAAAAGUUUGUGCUUUAUUAUGUGGGAUCUUUAAAAAGUCCAAAAAAUAAGAACUUGAAAACUGAAACUAAUGGCGAGAAAAGCCCAAAAAAAUCUAAAUUCUCAUUUCUCCUUUUCAAAUGGGUAAACAAGAAUAAAACACCUUCAAAAAUUUUCAAAAAAAUGACCUUUUGCAGUUUCUGAUUGCGCAAUUCGUGAUUUUCGCAGCUAGCCGCAAUUUCUGGAGACGGUCUGUUCCCUACGGGAUUGACCACCUGAUCUGCCUCCAGAUCGCUCUCGAUGGCAUGACCGAAGGCCUGAAGAAAGCCGCUUUGAGGCAUUUCCUCGAGCGUUGCGAAUUGGUAUCUUUUUAUUUAUUUCGUUAAAUUGUCCACUCCAAAAACUUUACACUUAACUCCAAUAAAAAAAUCGACGAAACGAUUUUAAAUUCUUGGUUUUAUCUGUACUUUGGCUCCAGGAAUGAUUGCAGAAGAAAUCAAUUUGAUUUUUUUCUCGAUGAUGUCUUAUCUUUGAACUUGUGAUAAAGAAAUACUUGUGGAUUGGAAAAAUUUUGAAAACGAAAAAAAAUGAGAAGAUUCAAGCUUGGCUUCUUUCUUCAGAAGAAGUGGAGAAUUCAAAAAAAUUUUUCCUGGUCUUUUUUCCCACGACAGUACAAUCUUUCCUCAAGUAAUCAAGAGCUUGCGGAUACUUUAAUUCGUAAUCAGAACCUAUCGAGAUUCCUUUUCCACAUUGAAGUGGUAAGAAACUACAAACUGCACUUUUUCUCGGUGGAGCACACUUUAAUUCAUCUUUUUGGGCUUUCAUAAAUGUCUGAAAUAUUUCUGAAACCUCGACAAAAUCAAAAAACUGUUUUUCCAGAACAUCAAGCCCAUGUACGAUGAAUACAUGGCUCUCGGGAGGAAAUUGUGGCCAUCUUCACCUGUUAAGCUUUAUCAACAGGUUGGCUUGAUCAUUUUUUUGAUGCAAUUUAAGCUUUUUUUUUUGAUAUUUCAGCCAGUUAUUUCUAUAGUUCGACCGAGAAGAUCAUUUCACUUUGUGAUUAGGAAUUUCCUAAAAAAUGGCGAGAAAACUUUUAUUGUUCCAUAUGAAAAUACUGAAAGUCUCAACUUGCACAACUUCCUAAUUUUUGAGAAAAGACACCUCAAAACUUGAGAAAACGCUCAAAAUCCAUCAAAAUGGACAUUUUUGUGAUUCAGAACCCUUUUUUCCUUAGAAAACAAAAAGAUGAGGAGGUUGAGACCCUCAGAAUCUUUUUCUGGUUCCUCAAGGAGUUUUCUGGCCAAAGAAUUUCCUGCCACAGAAAAUUCCUGACACCAAAAAAAUGACCUUCUUGAAAAUCUCAUAAUUUUCCAAACCUCAUGUUGUUUGAAAUCUUUCUCAAUGAAUCAUACAAUCUCAAAUUUUUUCAGGUGCUGUAUACAUUGCCCCCGAUCUAACUCUCUUCUUUCUCGGGUCAAUUUUUUACGGGUGCCUUUUUUCAACAAAGUUUUUUUACGUAUUUGUUAAUUUUAUAAACUGUUUGUGAAUAAAAGUUUCAAUUUGCAUCAAUGACGAGAAAUAGAGCCGAUUCAUUUUUCCCAUUAGAAGAAGAAGCUGUAAGAGGAAAAAUGCCAUAAUGCCUUUUUUCAUUCUCGAAAAAAGUAAGAGUUUCUGAAACCAAUGGAAUAAAAAGAAUCAGUGAAAAUGAACGUUUCUAAGUCUGAUUCUGAGGCGCGGAAAGGAAGAAUACGGUAGGUCAAAAAUGACGGCGGAAGUUCUAGAAAGGCGGCGAAUGGCGCCAAAUACCUCGUCCCAUGUCGUCGCGGCGGACAUUCCGUCGAUUUAUCAUCACGUUCUUCUUGCUCUGUUUCUACAACGUUUUUCUCGCUGUUCCAACUUGAUUCUUCUUUUGUUAUUCAACCGUUUCUUUAAAAAAAUUCUGUAACUUUUUGUCAUGCCAUUCAAAUCAAAGUCUCAACUGCGUUCAAAAUCAUCAGGUGCUUCCCGAGAUAGAUUUUCUUUUUAAUUUUUUUCGAAAAUCUCCAUUUUUUUGGCAGCGAAAUUUUUUUAAAGAUUUUCCCUGAUUGUUCGGGUAAAUUCUCUCUGCAUAGCGAGUUGUAGGAAACGUUAGAAUUAAUAAAAUGUUAAUAAAUUAGGUUUUGUGAGGUUCUAAUUGAUGACUUGAAAUACGGGAUAUCGGAAAAAAAUUGGAUUAUUUUCUAUCAAAUAUUCGAUAACCACAUUUUUAAUAGUUUUUGCUUGUUCAGAGACCGCAGUUUAACGUUCUCCAAAUCUUUGCCCUUCGAUCGAAUACGCCUUACUUGCCAACGCCGUCUAACAUGACAGAUUCCUUCAACUCCCACAGCCAGGAAAAAUGUGAUUGGAUCGAGACCGGCUUCAACGUCUGCUCCGGUAAAAUUCCAUUUAAUUUUCCAUUUUUUGAAUUCUCGAACUUUUCAAAACAGUCCCGAUAAAAAAUAACCAGUUGUUUCAUUUACAAAAAAUCAAUAAUCAAUACAAUUUUUUUGAUGUUUUGCUCGUUUAGGUGCAGCAGUGCAACGUUCUUGGAGUUCCUUUCACCCGAUCAAUAACGCCUUCAUUUCCAACGUCGUCAGACAUGAUCGUUGAUGUUGACUCCGGCUACGACGAAAAUAUGCCCCAAGCCAGCCCAGCCUCAAACUUUUUUUCGGUAAGGUUCAAUUUUUUUUUUCUCGGAACGUCAAAAAAUUUACAAUUCUUUGAUCGAAAAGUUGAUUCAGCUGAUAAAGUAAAGCGCUCUAACUGAAAAAAAUUGAUGAAUAUUUGCGAUUUUUUUAUACCAGCUGAAAAAAAUUGAAGUUCAUAAGAGUGUGAGAUUUUUUUUUUCAAAUGAUGGCUUGAGCCUCGAUAAUGAAUAAGUAGCCAUCUUUCCUACAAAAAAUCAAAAUAACUUCCCUCUUCAUAGUUUUGCUCUUUCAGGCGUCAAAGUACAACAUCUUUGGAAAUUCCAAGGUCGAAUCGAUAACGCCCGAAUCUCAAAAAACGUCACAGAUGAUCGGUGAGGCUGACUCCGGCUGCGAUGAAAACAUGACCCAGUACAAUUCCGCCUCGACUUUUGUUUCGGUAAUUUUCAAUGUUUAUCCUUGAAAAAAAUGGACAAAGCUGAUCUCGCAUUGAAAAAUUGAACUGAAACAGUGAAGCAGUUUAUCUAAAAACGUUAUAAUUUUUUUGAUUGUUUAGCCCUAUUAUCCUCCACAGGGCAAAAAAUGGUUGAUUUACGAUAAAAAGUUUUUGGAUGAAAUAGUCCAAAGGCAUUGAAUGAUGAUUUGAUAAGGAAUGAUCGAUAAUGUGAUCUACAAAAAUCGAUAGUUAUUUUGUCAUCACAGUUUUCUCCCUCAGGCGCCGCAGUUCAACACUUUUGGAUCUCUCAGCGACAAGACCGCGGUUACAGAUCAUUUGAACAACGUGCGAAUUCUCGAGUGUAGUUUCCGUAACAUGUCGGCUCCCACGGCUAAUUCGGUAAGAACUGAACUUCUACUAACUGACCUAAAAAAUAGGGACACUUUUCUGCACAUAGAAUUUUCAAACGCACUAUCAGAAUUUUUUUUUCAAUGUUUGGUUUAACAGGAAUACAAGAAGAAAACGAAGGUCCGCUUCGAGGAAAACGUCGAAGUCAUCCCAAGCGUCAAGAAAUAUCGCAACAAGGGGGCGCGUUUAAAUUCACGUGAGUCGUUUUGAAUUUUUCUGCUUUUUUUUGAGUGAGCUCUGACAGAAUAAGCGCACUCUUAUUUGAAACAUUUAUAUAUACCAAAACGCUUCAAAUCAGAAGAAUACGUUUACAGGAAAGACAUCGGAAACUGCGGCCAUCACGAAGCCACGCUUGGCAAAGAAGGCAAAAGCUCCACCAAAGAAGGAAAAAUCGACCCAGAAAACCAAACUUCCACCAAAAACUUUCGGACGUGGCAUCUUGAGAAACGCUUCUUCGGCCCCCAAUAACCAAUUUUGA